AUGCUAUUAACGUAUUUUACCGCUACCACGUUUCUGGCGGUCAGUGGGACCCUUGCUUUGUCCCGAUUUUCUGAUCCACAAGAUCCUUCAACCACCAUAAUCAAGGAGCCCAACGAGGGCGCUGCAACUCUUGUUAAAGCCGCAUAUGGCGAUGAUAUCUACUACUGUUUCGUUCAACUUCUCCUCGCUUGGGGCUGCAAUGGUAUAAGCGACACUCCCAUUGGGAAAUAUCACGAUGGUACCUGCGUCCCAUUGAAUGAGAGCAAUGCCUACGAAACCUCUACAAUAUGCCACACGGCCAAGAUAGCCCUCUUCUAUGACGACCUGCCUGACGGAGUUGUUAAGGCUGUUGAGCCAACCGAUGUCGAUUUCAACUGGGUCCUCGACUCUCCAAAGGCCGGCUUUCUCUACUUUGCUGAUGACAACAAUCGGGGAGAAGUGUGGUCUCCAUUACAGCAAGAUGCUCACACACCAGCGACCUACGUGCUGGGGACGGCUACUCCUGAAUAUCUUUAUUUCACCGAGACAAAUUCCCAAUCUCAUGAGUCUUCGCCUCAACAGCAUGAGUUGGUGUGA